AAACCAGUGAUUGUGAAUGCAUUGAAGUCUCAUCUGACCGUCAGUAUUGGUGCUUUAUUCAUGCAGGUGGUCAGUAUGAGUACAUUUUGGUUGAAAAGCGAGGUGAAAAGAACAAUGUGGGCUUCAUCCAGUUAAACCGACCCAAGGCUCUGAACGCUUUGUGUGACGGGCUGAUGAGGGAGGUGGGACAGGCCCUGGAUAACUUUGAAGUUGACAGCGACGUCGGCGCUAUCGUCAUCACUGGGAGUGACAGAGCCUUUGCUGCGGGAGCGGACAUUAAAGAAAUGCAGAAUCGAACUUUCCAGGAGUGUUAUGGUGGAAACUUCCUGGCUCACUGGAACAGAGUGUCCACAGUGAAGAAGCCUGUGAUUGCAGCUGUCAAUGGAUUUGCUCUGGGUGGAGGCUGUGAGCUGGCCAUGAUGUGUGACAUCAUCUACGCCGGAGAAAAGGCGCAGUUUGGCCAACCUGAGAUCCUGUUGGGGACCAUUCCUGGGGCGGGUGGCACCCAGCGGCUGACCCGUGCGGUUGGCAAAUCCCUGGCGAUGGAAAUGGUUCUUACAGGAGACAGAAUAAAUGCGCAAGACGCCAAGCAAUCAGGUUUGGUUAGUAAAAUUUAUCCGGUGGAUCAGUUGGUGUCUGAAGCUGUAAAAUGUGGAGAGAAAAUUGCUGCCAACUCCAAACUGGUCUCUGCUAUGGCUAAAGAGGCUGUUAAUGCAGCUUUUGAACUGACUUUGGCUGAGGGUAAUCGUUUGGAAAAGCGCUUAUUCCACUCUACCUUUGCUACAAAUGAUCGUAAAGAAGGCAUGACAGCCUUUGUGGAGAAGAGAAAGGCCAGUUUCCAGGACAGUUAGAAAAAGAGCAAAACCAAGAGCUCAGCCAAGAACACAAAGUCCCUGAUAUCAGUGGGUCAUUUCCUUUUCUGCAGUAAGUUGAAAGAUGCAAAAAAUCCUGAUUGUUGUGAAAUAUACAAGAUGUGUAAAUUAGGAUUUGGCACUGAGUGAUCGCACAUUGCUGUUUUAUCACAGUGAAACUUUACCUGCUGGUGUUUAGUAUCAAAAUCAAACACAAUCUGAGUGCAUGAGUGCAGUGGGGUUUGUCUGUGAGCACUAUUUGAUAACUCUGUAGUAGGAAGAAUUGGUCUUGAUGGCUUUUACUGACUUUGCCUUUCCAUUGUACUGUCAAAUGUUUGUCUGCAUUUUUCUAGACAGCUUAUUUCUCUGUACAUUUUACAAAUAAACUUCUGUGCGGUUUUCAGUACUGUGACAGAGACAUGAACAGAAAUGAAAAA